GAUUUGUUUGUAUGUGGUGUAGGAAGUUUCUGGAAUGUCAAAAUCCCCCUGGAGAGGGAUAGAACAAAAAUGUAUGAACCACAAUGGAGGGAGCUCUCUCUCGAGAAAAAGCCCCCUUUUCUCGCCAAAAUAUCUCGUGAAUCCACUGCUGGGUCCAAUGGAUUGAUUCUCGCCUGUUCUUCUCGUUGGGCCACUGCUCAAUCGCUCCAUCAAUCAAUCGCAGUCGAGACGACGAGAGAACAAAGACAAACGGACAUUCACGCGGCGGGGAGGAUCGAUCGAUCGGACAAUGCCGGUGGCCUUACUCCUCUUGCUGCUGCUCGUCUCUUCGUGCUCAUCGUCUUGUCCGGAAGAGCAUGGGUCGAGACAAAUCCAAGGUGUCUCUCGAAAGCUGCUGCAACAAACGCUAACGCCCAAGUAUCCCAGUGAUCGAAGAGCGAUGGUCGGGUCGACGGCGCCCAGCUGCACUUACAACGAGUGCCGGGAUUGCAAAACGGAGUGCCGAGCCGAGCAAGUCCCACUCAAUGGCCGCAAUCCCAAGGAGAGUGCCUAUAGAUACUUGUGUGUCUGUAGGAAGCGACACUAAAUUACUUACAUUUUCAGCAAUGGUUUCAUUUUAAUGUAGGCAAUGUUCAAAGUAUAAAAUCCAGAUUUAAAAUUUAAA